AUGGACGCCGUGCUGGAGCAAAUUGUACGCAGCCAGGUAGAAACGUACAUGAUGAAUACUUCAAAGUCAACAGCAGGUAGUUAUUGUAAUGCAAACAACCCCGAUGACGGUUCUUCAAGUUCUUCGAGCACUACCUCAUCAUCCUCUUCGAAAAGUUACACACCUCGAAAGAUCAAAAAAGUACAAGUGAAAUGGGAGCGAUAUAAUCCAUCGAGAGAAGGAUACAAAAUAGUAAAACAGAAAGAUGGGGGUGGAUAUCGAUUCAUCAAGGUGAAAGUUGGAACACCAUUGAAUUUUGAAGAGCUUAAGUACAAAGCUUUGAAGUUGUAUUUUGACCAAAAUGACUGUAAUAGUUACAUGGAGGCAGAAUCAGAGUGCAUGAAGUCGUUAUGUGGUCCAAAUGGGGAAACAUUAGAUGAAGAUGAAGACCUUUGGGCAUACAUUGAAAGGAAAGGUCUAUUUUUAUCGAAGUGUUGGUUUGUUUUAUCAACUAAAUCUGUAGCAUAUGACCAUGAUAACGAGUAUGAAGAAGCUGGUCAGGAAACUUUUAAUAAACAAAAUGAUUACGUUGAAACUUUCACUGAGAACUUUUGCCAUGCAAUAACAGAACCAAAGGAAAUUAGCAGGCGACGUAUAUGUUCUGUUUGUCAUUGCAGCUAUAUCGGAAACCAAUGUAUUAUUUGCAUCCAAAAUAAUGAGUAUAGUGCUUCUUGUAUUGCAGAUAGCAACUUGAACUUGUUUGGCAAUUUAAGAAAGGCCAUCUUUAAAUCAAUUGAGAAAAAGAAGGAUUCAAACUUUAGCUGGAGCUUCAAUAGCUAUGGUGGGAACGAGCCUUCAAAUUUGAAUAAUGCAAGCGCAAGUUCUGAUGUUACAGACGUAGUACAGCACAUUGCUAAAAUACACCGCAUGACGAUAAAGAAAGAUUUGAUGGAUUUAUUUAUUACUAAACAGAUCAAUGUGACAGAUGACAUCCGAUAUAUAUGGAUUGAUCCUCGUGGCCAAGAAGAAAAUGGUGCAGGGUCAGGUGUUUCUCGGGAUAUUUAUUCUUCAUUCUGGAAUGAAGUAUACAAUGCAUACUUGUAUGGCGAGCAAGAAAGAGUGCCACAAGUUCGGCAUGAUUUGUACAAACAAGAGUGGCGUGCAAUUGGCAUGAUCAUUUUAAAGGGGUAUGUUGACACUGGUUACUUUUCAAUCAGUUUGAGUCGAGCAUUUUUAUGUUUUUGUUUGUUCGGAGAAGUUCCAGAAGAGCUGCUGAUAUCUUCAUUCCUGAAAUACUUGUCAUCAGAUGAAAGUCAGUUGGUGACAAAAGCCAUUGGUAAAAACGAAGGUGAGAAUGUUAUUCACAGUGAUGAAUUUGCUGAAAUUUUGGAACAAUUCAAAUGUAAAACUGUAGUAACAGAAUCAAAUGUGAAAACAGUUAUCAUUGAAUUAGCUCGCCAGGAACUUGUACAGAAAAGUCACAUUAUAGCCUCAUCUUGGGAAAUUGCCUUUUCAGAGCUUAAAAAGAAGCCAGAAUUUUCAUCCAUGGAGAAUAUUGUGAAGUUUUACGAAAGAUUGGAACCAACCACAAAAAAGGUUGUAGCCUUGUUCAAAAAUGUCCAUACGAGUAGCAGUGCUGAACAAGACUCAUUCAAUUAUUUAAAGCGGUAUGUGAGAGGUUUGGAAACCAUUAUGUUGAAAAAAUUCAGGAAGUUCAUAACAGGCUCAGAUAACAUGGUUGUUGAUACAGUAGAAAAAAUUUUCACGCGACCGGAAUCGAAUUUUAGUCGUAGACCAGUAGCCCACACAUGCACACCAAGCUUAGAACUUCCUUCAACUUAUAAUAAUUAUUGCGAACUCCGGUAAGAAUUCAGCAAUAUAUUGCAGUCAUCUGAAUGGGAGCUGGACAUCAUUUUAACUGAUUUUGGAUCCUUUUUUUUGUUUUGUUGUUAUGUUUGAACUGACAGACAAUAGAGUUUCCAGUAUUCUGUUUUUUUAACACUUUUUUAUACAAUUUUUAACAGGGUUUUUAGGUCCAAUAAAAAACUUUGUUUCGAUUUA